AUGGAGACCAGGGUGCAGAUAGGAAGAAGAGGGAAGAUCAUAGAGAAAAAAGGUCCUCAGAAACCAGAGAAGAGUUCGAAGGCCUCCAAGGCAGAUGAUCGCCAGCUGCCGGCCACCUCCAAGGGCACCGUGCCCUGGCUCCAGCAGUGCCUGCAGAAAGCGGAGAUGCGCGCCCAAGCCGACGCCAACGAGCAGAUAGCUGCCCGGGGCCAUUCAGACGUGCUGCUCCUCACCUCCUCUCCCCUGCAGGGGUUCUCGGUCAUCCACUCCGCGGCACUCAAUGGCCGGCUGGACUGCCUGAAAACCAUCGUCGAGAAAUACGAGGUGGACGUGAACUUGCCCAGCCUGAAAGGAUGGAGACCCAUUCACCUGGUGAUGAACAAGGAGAGCGGUCCCAGAGCCUUGGAGUGCCUGCAGUACCUCAUCGGGAAGGGGGCCGACGUGAACAUCCAGAGCCAGACCGGAGCGAGUCCCCUUCACAAGGCAGCCAGCGAAGGACGCCUCCCGUGCAUUGUCGCGCUGGUGGAAGCCGGAGCUGACAUUUUCGCCAAGGAUGCAAAGGGACACGUGCCUGUAGACCUGUGCAAGCUGUGGGCACACAGAAGCUGCGCGAGGUACCUGACGGACGCCAUGUGGAAAAAAACCAAGAGGAAUUUGGCUCAGGAAAUGCACAAGCUCCAGCAGAUCAAGAGCGAGUGGCAGUGCACCGAGGCGGCCUUGGUCACGAGGGAGAAGAUGGAAAAGGCCAUGCUGAACAGAAUGGCUUUCUCCGACUGGCUCCAGAAAAAGCAGCAGCGGCCCUCACUUCGCACCCUUCAGGAAGAGCCUUUCCCUGAGGACAGCGCAGACCUGGGCGCUCUCCCCAGCACGUUAGCAGCCAAAACCCCUUCCGAAGAAGAGCUGAUGUGGGUGGAUUCAGCCCCGCGUUUCCCCGAUCUCGUCCAGCUGCCCCUCGAGCAGGCGCCGCCACCGUGGAACGCCAGCACCAACCCCUCGUCCCCGCCGGUGGCGGACAUAUACCGCGCCACGACCGUGAGGCUGGGCGCCGAGCCCGAAGCCAGCCCGGAGCAUGAUUUCAGCGCCUUCCUGCACCUCUCCAAGGACCCGCGUGGCCGGCCGCUAGUCCGUUCUGCUCACGGAGGCCGACUGGCCUCCCUCCCUGAGCUGCCCUACGACAUAGUCCGGAGGAGCAUCUUCCCCUCGUCUCGGCCGGUCCGAAUGAAGGGGCCGCAGGACUUCCGACCCGCUCACAUCCUGGGCGUCCCUAGGAAGCGCCUCCCGCACGGGCCGUGGCGGUGGACGGACGAGAUGGCCAUGAGCCUGCGGGAAACGCUGGACCCGGAGUUCGUAGCCACAGUCAGGGCUCAUCUCGCCGCCUACGACGAAAGCAACUAACCCUCCCCAGCAAAACCAGGGUCUCAUCCUGUGAGGAGCUGAGGGCUCUCCACUCCCACACAAGUCAAUCAGAAACAGGCCAGGUGCAGCACACCUCACAGGAUGAGGCCCUGUGAUCCUUCUUCACCGUCCUGCUACUUCCAGGCUGCUCUUUCAGACUCUUAAAACAGCUUUGGUGGGAAUAACCCAGCGACAGGAGUGGGGGUCACCCACAUCUUCAGCACCUUGGGAUCCUAAGCGAAUCAGCCGUAUCAAGGGUUACACCUCCAUCAUCUGAUCUGCUCGGACUUGUCGCUCAUGCAAACGCGGUGAGGAUUAUAGGACU